ACUCGCCGCAGUCGCAUGCAACUCAUCCACAACACCAUGUCCAACCUGCUUUUAUCCCCCAGCUCUGCGCGGAACCUCGGCAGCAGCGCCUCGAAGCUCCUUCCUAAGACCCAAUGCCGCCAUGCGACGCUGCUAAAGCGCCCUAAGCGGCCCUACACCUUUACCCAGCUGGUCACGCUCUCGGACGGCAGCACCUACACCCACCGUACCACGUCCCCCGCUUCCGUUGUCACCAGUACCAAGGAUACCCGCAACAACCCGCUCUGGAAUCCGUCAUCGCAGAAACUUCUGAACGUCGAGGAGGACGAGGCAGGCCGGCUGCGGGCUUUCCGCGAAAAGUUUGGUCGUGGCUGGGAUAGUGAGGUUACGGAGAGUGCCGAGGAGGCGCGCGAGGGAGAAGAAGGAUUGCCUCCCCAGGAGGGUGAGGAGAGCCUGCUCGACCUGAUUAGCAAUUACGGCAGGGCUGAGGCUGCCAAGGGCGGGGCAGCGGGCGAGCAAGGAAAGCCGGCCCAUCUUAGCGGGAAAGAGAGGAAAAGCUCGAAAUAAUGAAGUUGAUAUCUAGAAUGAAAGCGGCGUUGGACAACUGGUUCGGCAAGCUUUCGGACGACCCAAGCACAUCAAAGCACGGAACAGAAAACAUGAUCUGGAGGCGUUCGAGCAUUUCUAGGGGUUGCAAUCACGGCAUCUUCCCAACGGGAAUGGUGGUUAUCAUGCAUUGAGCUCAAUGGAGGCUUCCACAAGAAGGUUUUUUAUAUGAGUACACUAUUUUUUACAGUCAUAAAUACAUUGAGUGGUGCCUGAUGAUUCCCAUACAGCACCAGCGGUGGUGGCCGCUA